GCUGGAGCCGGGCUCUGUGCCCCGGCCAGGGCAGGGCACCAUGUGCUGCUGGGAGGGCUCUGCUGUGGCUCCUGCACGGCCCCGUCCCUGCCGGGGGCUGGGGGACAGGCAUGGAUAACUUCGAGUACAGCAUCCAGCUGACGGACCGCGAGUGGGCCGAGUUCCUGCGGGCCGCGGAGGAGUGCAGCCUGGCGCCGGCCUCGCUGGCCACGGCCGAGGAGCAGAGCCUCAGUGACAUUGAGCAAGGGGACAGCGGCGGCAGGGGCAGCGCGGCCGGGCCGGGCAGCGAGCCCGCGGCGCCUGGCGGUGCCAACCCCGCGACACGUGGUGCCCGCGCCGGUGCCAGCGCCGGUGCCAGCCGCCCGGAGCGCGGGCAGUGCUGCGUGCCGGGCAGCGAGCGCGGAGCGGAGCCGGGCGGGUUCCCGUGUGACAGCGACGGCCACCAGCCCGGCCGCGCAGCUGCCAUGCCCAGCGCGCAGAGGAGGCAGCAGCCCCCGCGGGCAGCCGGGGGCACCGCGCAGGGCACGGCGGGGGCAGCGCCCGGAGCCACGGAGCAGGGCGGGGAUGCGGGAGGGACGCGAGCCCCGCUGCAGCAGCAGCAGGACGCGGCGGGCACGGAGCCCAGGGUGGCAGCGCAGCAGCAGCAGCAGCAGCAGCAGCGGGACGCGGCGGGCACGGAGCCCAGGGUGGCAGAGCAGCAGCAGCAGCAGGACGCGGCGGGCACGGAGCCCGGCUCUCCGGGCGGCUCCCCCAGCGUGGUGAGGCCCAAGGUGCCGGCGCAGGCCAGGAAGGGCCGCAAGCAGCGCGGGGCCGAGGGGGAGCGGGAGCCCCCGAGCGCGGCGCCCCCCGGCAAGGCCCCGCCGGGCUCCCCGGCGUCCCCUCGCAAGGGCAGGGCCAAGGACAAGGCGGCCCGGGCGGCGCUGGGGAGGCUGGGCAGCGAGGAGGCCGCGGAGAGCCGGCGGGCCGAGGGCGGCGACGGCGGCCCCAAGGCCCCGGGCAGGACCAAGGGCACCCGGCCCCCCAGGGCAGCGCAGGCCGCGGGCUCGGGCGGACGUGACACUGUCCCCGCGGGCCCUGCGGACGGAGCCGCGGCUCUGCCAGGGGAGGAGAGCCAGGAGAUGCCAGGGAAGCCUCUCCAGCCGCGGAAUGUGGCAGCGUUGGGAGGGAAUGCUGCUGAGGGGGCUGGGGGGCAGCCUGCUGAUGAGACACCUGCGCUCCCCAGGGCCGUCAGCCCCCUGUGCUUUGCCGAGGGGGCCUCUGGCAAGCCCAACUCCCUGGAUGUGACCUGGCCCGAGAUGUACGAGUACCUGUUCUGUGACUCCCAGGAGGAGGAGGAGCUGGGCAGCUCCCUGGAGGGGCGCAAAUCGCCCUUGCAGAGGGAAAUCUCCUGGCCUGAGCUCUACGAGUACUUCUUCACCGAGCCAGAAGGAAGCGGGAAGAAAGGCAGAGCUAAAGACAGGAAAAGAAAGAAGUUCAGAGGCCUGGAGCGCCCUGGGCUGCACCAGGAGGCGCCCAGCCCCGCUCCAGACAAGGACACCGUGGUUAUCUCGGUCCCUGAUGUGCAUGAACGCUUCUUCCCAGAGCCAGCCCCCAACAGGAUGGGCUGGAGAGGGAUUUUCUCCCUGGCCCCGGCCUCAGAGGUGAAGAAAGCUGUGAGGGCUUUGGGCUCCCUGCUGCAGAGGCAGGCCCAGCUGGGAGGAGGCCGAGCCCCAGGCUCCCAGGCCCUGGUGCCCAGAAGAUCCGGAGAGGAGCUCGCCCUGGUCCCGCUGGGAGGAGCCCAGGGGUGGCCAGAAGAUGAGGACAGGGCCCUGGCACUGAGAGGUAAAUCCCCAGAGGAGCCCCGGGUGCUGAGCCACAAGGACAUGUGCCUGGUGUUCUGUGCCUUCGCCUCCUGGGCUGUGAAGACAUCUGACCUGCAGGCUCCGGAUGCCUGGAAGACCAUGUUCCUGGCGAGCUUUGGCACCCUCUCGGCCAUCCGCUACUUCCGAAGGACGGUCAGGGAAGGGCACCCCCGGACUUAACCCCGGAGCCGCCGCCCGGGGCCGGGGCCCUGUUCUGGACAGUGGCAGAAGCCUGGAGCCGGCCCCGAGAGCUGCCCCGGCCCCAUCCCCGAGCGGACAGGAGGGCACAGGGAGCGGGAGCCUCCCGGGCACGGGAACUGACGGUGGGACAGGACAGGACAGUGCCCCGAUGGUCCCUCCUCCCCGCUGGAGUCACCUGGAGGUGGCACAGGGACACACGGAGGUGGCACACGGAUGCUCAGAGGUGGCACAGGGAUGUUCGAAGGGGUACAGGGAUGCUCGGAGGGGCACAGGGACACACGGAGGUGGCACAGGGAUGCUCAGAGGUGGCACAGGGAUGCUCAGAGUGGCACAAGGAUGCUCAGAGGUGGCACAGGGACACAGGGAGGUGGCACAGGGAUGCUCAGAGGUGGCACAGGGAUGCUCAGAGUGGCACAAGGAUGCUCAGAGGUGGCACAGGGAUGCUCGGAGGGGCACAGGGAUGCUCGGAGGGGCACAGGGAUGCUCGGAGGUGGCACAGGGAUGCUCAGAGGUGGCACGGGGAUGCUCAGAGGAAGCAGGGAGGUGUUUCACCCCUACAAAAAGAGCCGGGAUGUCUCUGGAGGAGCUCUGGGAAGAGCUUGGCAGAGCCCGGGCUGGGCAGCGGCUCCCAGAGGGAUGCAGGGCUCGCUGCCAAGCGCUCCCAUGAUCGCUCCAGGAGGAUCAAACCCCUCUUGGGUUUCACUCCCAAGAAGCCCCAGCUCGGGGAUGAGGUUUCUGCCGCCGCGGCUCCGUCCCUGGGGACAGCUGGGACAGGGACACGGCCCCAUCCCGCAGCAGGGACAGGCAGGGUCACUGAGGGAAGGGCAGCAGGGACAGGGCUGAGCUCGGGGAGGGUCAGGAGAGGGGACAGCAGGGAGGAGGAGGAGGAGGUGGGCAGGUUUGGCUGUGCCAGACAGCAGGGAAAGGCUCUGGGUAUUUGAUUUAUUUCCUUUUGUGCCCCCCCUCCUAGAGAGACAAAGGGAGACGUGGGGUAAGGGGAGCGCAGAAUGGCAAGUGGGAAAUGCAAUGGUUCAGUUCCCCCUGUCCCCACGGCUCCCUCAGCACCCCGGGGCAUUGCUCAGGAGGAGCAGCCUGGUGACAGCACCAGGGAGGGGUUGGGAUUGGGAUCGGGAUUGGGAUUGGGAUUGGGAUCCACGGUGCUGGUGGGGUGACAGCAGAGAGGGGAGGCUCCUUCCUUGUGCUGAGAGGCCGCGAGGGCUGCAGGGGUGGGCUGGAGGCCGUGGGUUGGCACAGGGAGACCUGGGGCUGGGAUUGAUUUAGGGCUGGACAGGCUCUGCGUGGCCUGCAGCAGCUGCACGCCCACCGAGAGGGUUCCUGUGCAGGGGGAGAGCAGAUGGAACGUGCUGGAAGCUCCUAAUAAAGUUCUGUCUCAUUUA